AUGACUAACUCGAUCGAACCAAAGACCAAAUUAGUAUCCACACUACGCCUCCUCAUUCCCCGUUUGCGCCUCCUCCAAAAGAAAGACACAGCUUCCUCCGUCGUCCAGCGCCGCGAGCUCUCCCAACUCCUAAGCGAAGGGCGCGACGCUUCAGCGCGCAUCCGAGUCGAAAAUGUCAUCGCCACAGAUAUCGCAGUGGAAGUAAUGGAGAUGGUCGAGCUCUACUGUGAACUCCUACUUGCUCGCGCCAACGUACUCGACCAACUAGCCUUUGGCGAGCAAGGCACCCGCGCCCGACACCGCGCGAAAGAAUUACUCAAGAAACGCACCCAGGCACAAGCCGGCGCCGCAGGAUCAGCUGCAGCAGCAUCCAAGGCUACCGAGAACACCGGAUCGCGAUUUGGAUUCGGGUGGUUGGGAGGCGGGACACAGAAGAAAGAAGCCGAGCGCGUCGGCGCGUCUAUUACAGGGUCUGCGGAGGAAAGUGCCAGCGAGGAAGACAAUCCCUACUUGGAUACUGCGCUCGACGAGGCCGCCGUGGUGGUUUUCUACGCGUGGAGCCGCUUCCCGCACGACGUGCGCGAGUUCACCAUGCUGCGCACCAUGCUGGAUGAGCGGUAUGGCAAGGAAUUCCGGAUUCUGGCGACGGAGAACAAAAUCGAUGGAGUGAGUGUUCCUGAUCGGCUCUUGAAGAGCUUGCGCGUGCGCCCGCCGGGUCAGGAGCUUGUUGAAAGUUACCUGAGAGAGAUUGCGAAGGCGUACGGGGUUGAAUGGCAUGGACUUGACGAUGUAGAGGAGCUGGGGAGUGCGCCUGAGUUCGUGGAUGAUGUGGGUGAGGGCGAUGAACCUGGAUUACCGCAGACGCCUGGCAAGCAGGGAGAGCCGAGUUUCUCAGAGGCAAGACGGGCUUCGGAGACGAGCGAGUUAAAUAAAGCUACGCCUCCGCGGGGUCUCGCCGCUGGUAGGAGUCCGGUUAGUGUAGCGCCGCCGGCUCCUAGGACUGACAAUCCCAAUCCUCGAGUCAAGGUCCCUGGCACGGAGGAUAAUGAUACUUCGAAGAGUGGGGGAGCGGCAGCACCUAAGAGGAGCAACAAUGGGAUACCCGAGCUGGAUGAACUGACACGGAGGUUUGCGGAUCUGAAACGGAAACCCUGA